UCACCUGUUUAUCCAGUCUAAAGCUUUCUGUCUGCUGCUGAUAGAGCUGCGACACCGUCCGGCAGACGUGUCACGGUUCCACUUUCCUGAGAUUCAAAACCAAAAUCAGCAAACUGAGACUAAAAUCAGGGAAUAAUCAGAGUCAUGAAAUAUUCAUGAAAGAGAGAAAACAAUGAUGAACAGUGAAACGAGACGAGGAAAGCGGAUCUUAGCCACGAGCUGAAGGAAGCUAAAAGUCACAAAAUCGUUGUUUGAUAGUUACAGGCAGCCCGGCAGCGAGCUCCCACGUUUCUUAUCUCAGUGAAACGGAGUCACUGUAAACGGGUGCUACUUUUUCUUCUACCAGGACCUCUGACAGAACGGAGACCUUCAUUCUAUCCUCCUGGCAGCAUCACCUCCAACCACCACGACGCUUCUGCUGAGCUUUAACGUCACUCCCAUCAUCUGCUGGAGAUUCCCCAUCGAACCUCAGAAUGCAGAGCGUCGGGCUUCAGCGCCGCCUCCUCGUCUCUGUCUGCCUCUUCCUCCGCCUUCUGACCUCAGCUGAGUCGCAGCAGGUGGAGCAGCUAGUGGAGGAGGUGCAGAAUGUCCCAGUGGAGGUCAUCACUGAGAGCUCCCCCUGCAGCGCCACCUGUGGGCUGGGCCUCCGGACUCAGACUCUGUGCCUCCUAAAUGACAGCAGGGCAGCGAUGGAGGAGAAGUUGCCGAGCGGCGGUGAAGCAGAGGUGACGGAGAGGUGCCGCGUCCGGGCGGUGCAGUGCAUGGACACGUGGCAGUGCGGACUCCAAACCAUGACAGUCACAUCCGGACAGAGGGUGGAGGUUGACUGUGUGGGAGACGUGAUGGAGGCCACGGGGAGGUUCUCCUGGAGGGUGUCGUGGCGUUACGCCCGAGGGAUCAUCAGCACUGACGACGCUCUGCUCGCCCGCUGGGACGCUCCCGAGCUGGACCGAGUGGUUCUGGACCCCGUCAGAGAGGAGGAUGCAGGUGAGCGCACCUCUGCACGUGCUCAGUCAGACCCACAUUAUAGGAGUGACGUGAUUCUGCUGGGAUACACCGUCUUUAUUUGUGGGUCACUAACCUGUAAAAGCUCUUCUUCUGUGGUGAUGCUUACACGAAAGGAAAAUAUUUGUGAGAGUGAAACUCGAAUCAGACUGACUCCUCCAUCGUCCUCAGGGACGUACCGCUGUGACGUGCAGGACGCCGCCUACCGCAGGGUCAAACGGGCUUACUGGGGCAUCCGGGUUCUGCCCGUCGGCGUCCUCAGCCUGGACUACGACAGCUCCCUGGCCCUUUGGGAUGAAGGCGAGAAGAACCAGACCGAAGAGGAGGAGGAGCAGAGGAAGAUCUUUCCCUUUGCUCUCCUUGCGAUGGGCGUCAGCGUAGUGGUCGCCGGCGUCUUCGCUGCUCUGCUGAGAGGCUACGAGGCGAUGAAGAGGAUAAGGAGGAGGAGAAGAGGGAUUUAAAGGCGUCUGGUUCCUUCUGAAUCUUCCAACCUGCUUCAAAUAAUUGAAAAUCGUUUUUCAGGAGUUUGUUAUUAAAAUGAAUGACAAAUAAAACCCAAACCUGCAGAUACACGUCACCAACAGGUUUCAGUUUGGAACGCGCUUCAUUCUGCCGGGUGCAGUGCGGCCGUGUUCCUGUAGAUGGCAGUGUUGGCUCAGCCCUGAUGAAGCUCUGCAGCUCAUAAAUCAGCUGCUGCAUACAAAGCCUUUUAUCCACAUUUUAAAAUAUUCUUUAAGAGUUGUGAAAAAACUAGUGUUCAUUUUUUCCAGCAUUCCAGGUCACAGCUGGAACAUCUGUGCGCUGAGGUGCAUCCAUGUGUGUUACAGGUGUGUUUGAGUCUCAGACUGCAGGGCAGCUCCAGCCAGGCAGGGAAAGCAUUAAAGACUGCCCUCCAUAAUAACCAGCAUGGUGUUGUUGGCAGUGCUUUGGUGCUUCCGUGGAAAGGCGUCUCCUCAGCAGUGAUUCUGCUUCACAAUAAGAAGCUUGUUUUAGCACAGGUCAGGUGAACGAGGCCACGAUGCUGUCGAGCUGAGUGAGCGAGCGGGCAAAACAAACAAAGUGAUGAUGAUGAGCUCGCUGUAACGGAUUCAUGUGCUGGUGGAAGCAGCCCUGCGACGAAGCACGGAGGGGGGUCAGGUAGGCCUACGUCAGGCCCAUUUACUGUCCUCAGCAGGGAAACAGUCAAAUGUAAUGCACAUGUGGUUCAUGACUAAUGCACCCAUCUUAUUGUUGUGACUCAGACGUUACAUGACAGAUGGUCUGCACUGCACCCUCUAACUGCUCAGACUGGUAGUUGGUGUAAAAAUGCAAUGAAACUGGUUUUAAGCGAUGCCCCAGUAAUAACUCAUCUUCCCAGGAUCGCUGUCCCGUUUUUUAAAAUAAUAAGCCACCCUGGGGUUUGUGAUGAGGACCCAGAGCAGUAACAUCUCUCUCUCUGCGGGGCUCUCAUUUAUGAAACGGAGCGUCUCACUCUGAAAAAUGUCGUCUGUAGCACGUCCAAUCAGUGUUUGAGCAUGAAAACCCAGCCAACGGCGCUCUGAUCAACACAUCUCUAAUCAAAACAAACUGAUCGCACCUUUUGAUUCCUCUCUAUAGUGUUUCCAGCCAUAGACCAAAAACAUGACCACCAAUGAGCAACAUGUGGACUUAAAGGGGAGGAGCUAAAACAGCUUGUUUCAAGCAGAGGUGAAGUGAGGGGCUCGUACCUGCAGCCGAGCGGCUGAUUUACCAAAGAAGAAUAAAAAGAAUGAAAAAUGUGAAAAGGUUACAAAGGAAGGAAAGCACAGCUGCUGCAGAGAAAUCAGACAUGUGAGAAGAAAAGUCGCUGCACAUCAGAUUAUUCUUCCACGUUACUAAAAGUGAGACUGAAACCUGGGAAGAAGCCAGCCAGAGGUAACGGACUGAUCAAUAUCAGCCCUCUGUCAUUAAGACAGGACAAUCUGAUGGAUUACAAUCAUUAUUUCAUUAAAUGAAUCAUCAAGAGACACCUUUAGUGUUCAUUCUCUCAGCUGCAGCCUCAGUGCUGUUGAACAGUUUGAGAGGAAAUAAAGUAAAAUCAAAUAACA